AUGGGAUCCCGGAAGAUUGCUUCUGAGGUCACCAUCAAGCAGUCAUCGCUUGAAAAGGGACAGAGCGUGCGUUCAACUAGGACCUUCUUGUACCUGAAGCAAGCGUUGCAAGGGUUUGCUCGUGGGCUUGACUUGGUUGAGCAAGUAGAGAAGGAGCAGCUUGGCUCCCCAGCUGGGUACGAGUGCAUGAGGAGGUUGCAUCAGGAGUUGUCUGUUGCGAGCCGCAUCGAGGCUUCGACGCUUCGGAAUGAGGCCCUGCAGUACCGCGCGAGCACUCCUGCCAAUCGUCCACUUGACAUGUUUCGAAACAUCCAGUUGGAGCUUGCCAAGUUUACCCGCUUGACCGCAGGGUUCCCAGAUCUUGCGUUGAGUGAGGCAGACCGUUGCAUGAUUGUUUUGAGAAAUCUUGAUGUCGAAGUAAAAAAGUAUGUUCUUUUGCAUGCUAGGGUUGACUCCAUGGACCAGCUUGAGACUGCUCUGAAGUUUUAUGAUGCCAACCUUAAGAUCCUGAAUUUCCAAGAGAAGGAAGGAAAGGGAGCAGCAAAGGAUCACGCGAAUGCUUUGACCUUCGGAGACAAGGGAAAGGGCAAGAAGGGUGACAAAGGAAAGGAAGAAAAAGGAAAAGGAAAGGACAAAGGAAAGGACAACAAGAAAGGGAAUGAGAAAGGAAAGGAAGAAAAAGGGAAAGGUGGAAAGGACAAAGGCAAGGACAAGGGGAAGACUGCAGCCGCAAAGGACGGCAAGCAAGGUUCUGGAAACGACAAGGAGAAGGAGAAGGAGAAAGCAGAGCGCUUGAAGAACGUCGCGGCUGCCUCUUUGGAGCCUCAGAUUUUCGCAGCUGCGGUUGAUCUGAGUUGUCCGGUUGUUGAGCUUGAUGAGGAUGAUUGCUCGGAUUUUUCCCAGGAGGAUUGGGAGGAGUUCGUUGCAUCUUAUGAGUGUGCUUGGUCGGAGCCUGUUGUGCUUGAAGGCGGUGAGCCUGUUGCGCUUGAGGGUUCCAUGUUGCAUGUUGCGCUUGAUAAUUUUCCUUGUGACAACCCAAACAGAGCCACAGUUGAGCUUGCAGAGUCCCGCGGUGUCCCAAACAGAACCACAGUCGAGCUUGCAGAGUCCCACCAGGUCCCAGACAGAACCACAGUCGAGCUUGCAGAGUCCCCAGAGUUGAGCUUGGAAGCAGGUCGUUUUGUUGCAGAUUUUCAAAAUGUCGUUGAGCAUGGCAUGUUGCAUGUGGUAGGUAGAUCUGACCAUGGCAUGGUAGCACACGAGACAGCAGCAGCCAGCCAGCAGCAUGACACCAUGGAUUGGUGGCUCGUUGACUCCGGCGCGUCGGCCCACAUCAUCAACGAGGACACUUUGAGCCGGGUGCACGUUGUGAGCCACAGUGAGUCUGCCAGUGAGUGUGUUUCUGCAACGGGUGACAGCAUUGGAGUUCGGAGGUCUGCGGUUGUCAGGGUUCCAUUCGUUUUGGUUUCGGGCGAGACGGUGGUAACAGAACUCCAAGUGCUUGUUGCUCCUGUGAAGUUUAACCUGCUGUCCUUAGGGCGUUUGCUGGGCAAGAGCUGGGUUGUGGAUUUCCUGCCAAGUUUUAAAGUUGAGGCCGCUGGGUACGUUCUUCGCACGAGAUGGGUCUCCAAUUGCGGAUGGGUUUUCUCGAGUGCUGUUGAGCUUGACCUUUCCGUUGCAGUUGCCGCCCGAGCGAGCUUGAAGCGUAGUGACGGCUGUGAGUCCUCCUCCGACUCGGAGCAGGAGUGGCGCCUUUCGGGUCGCCGCCACCUGGCGGAGCAGCACGCGGCGACUGUUACGAGGACUCACGAGGAUUUCGAGGGAUCCACGAUCGCCUUUACGGCAACCUCGAUGGUGGGUCUUAUGCCGGGCCAGAACCUGCUUUUGGUGCCAGCCGCGGAAGUGAAGAAGAAGACGGCAGAGCAGGCAAAGGCAGCUGCGAAAGCAGCGGCGGAGAAGUUCGUGAAGGAGCGCCAGGAGAGCGCCCAGUGGGCCAAGGAAGCAGAGGAAGCAAAGAAGAAGAGAGCCGCCAAGGCCGAGGCAAAGAAGAAAGCAGCCACAGAGGCCGAGGAGGCAGAGAAGAAAGCAGCCACAGAGGCCGCGGAGACAGAGAAGAAAGCAGCCACAGAGGCCACGGAGGCAGAGAAGAAGGCAGCCACAGAGGCCGUGGAGGCAGAGAAGAAGGCAGCCACAGAGGCCAAGAAGAGGGUCGCCGAAGCGAUCGGGGUCCCAGAGGUCAAGAAGCCCAAGGGCAGUGUGGCCAGAGCAAAGGCGGAGCCGUCUUCGGGGUCAAAGGACCCACCACAGCCACUGGUGAAGAGGCAGCCCAAGCCGCCCGUGGUGAAGGCAAUGCCAGCCAAGGUCCGGAAGAUCGUCUUGAAGAGCCGGGCCCAGCGCGGGAUUCCCGGGCAGACGGAGACUGCGCUGAGAAUGCUUUCGCAGCGAGCCAAGGAAAAGAAGAAGCAGGGCUACCUCAUGAAGGCCAUCAACAACGCCAUGAAGAAGAAGGCCGAGGAGCACAAGGGGCCUCCGGUGCGGAGGACAUUGGAAAGACAUGUCAAGGACCACUUCGCGCAAAUCAAAGGCCUGGAAGUGCCUUUCGUAGAGGUGACGGUUUCCGAAGUCAUCAAGGAACCCCCAGGACCACCAGGAUCGCCAAUGGUACCGCAACCGAGAACACCACCCGCACGAGCCAAGGUGGAGGCCGCGCGUGCAGUAAAGGUGCCACAGCUGAAGGUGGAAGGAGGCAUGGAGAUCAAUCCCCCACCACCGGUACCGCCGCGGAGGAGGCUUCCCACGCCACCGAGAGACCCGAGGUCAGCCGGACGAGGGGCCUCUGCGCCCUCAGAGUGGUCACCUGUGUCCAGUCUGCCGCCAUGGUCACCAGUGUCCAGUGUGCCGGUGGAUGCAAGGGCCAGGGAAACCCCAGCCGAGACGAGAGCCGAGGAGCCCCCAGCAGAGAGGAGAGCCGAGGAGCUGCACAUCGGGGACGACGGCAAGAUCUACAACUCGCGGGGCGAGGUGGUGGAGCUCGAGAGCAUCGAGAUAGAGUGA